AUGAACGAGAUGGGGAUUCGAUUCGAGUCCCUUGGCCCAACCCUUGAGCAGCACCGGGCCUGGCGGCUCGGUGAAACGUUCCAGGAAGACCACCACGCCGAAAUAGAGAGUGCGCUUCGGCAGACAGCUUCAAUCACUGGCUUCGGCGGCAGAUUGCGGGGUAUCGCAAGGAGCUGCAGAGGAGACCACAGUCCCGCCCGUUCCGAGGUGACAUUAUCGGUAACAAAAGCCAGGACCCCCGGGGAGUCGCCAACACCGAGCGUGGAUCGGCCAUCCACUCCGGUCCCGGUAGCAACACCGCUUCUGUUCCCCACGACGCUUCACCCAUCACUAGCUUUCACACGGCGUGUCCCGUCGGGUGAAACGGUCGUUACCUUCCCGCUCUCGGCGCUUGCCCUACCGCCAAAACCAUGUCUCAAACGUCGCCGGCUUGAUACCGACGUCGACGGCCCCGGAACCUUUUCGAUAAGCUGCAAAAAGCGACGGCUGCUCCGGCAUCUCAUCACCUCGCGGCUGUCCCAGGCGUAUUCCCUGCCGGCCACCCACAUUCUCAACCGGGAAGCGGUAACAUCAGGCAGCAAACGGAUUGUCAAGCUCACGGCCAUCAUGUCGGCUCGCCGGCUCAACAACACAGUGACUACCGCACCGCAGGCGCAGCCAUCACAGCAGCCCAGCCCGUCGACGUGGCUACGGCGUGCCGCGGUGCUCAACAGCUUGCGCAGUCGGGUUCAUGCGGUUGCCGCAGAGCGAGCCAACGGCGGCCCGAUUCCCGACGUUGCUGCGGCGCAAGCAUACGUCUUUCAGCAACGACACGGCUCACCGACCGCUUUGAUCGGUGGCCGUUAUCCCAUUACCUCCCCCAGCCAAAGCGGGAGCGGAAGUGGCAAUAAGGACACAGCCAGCUUACCCCCAACACCCGCUCAGCGCCCACCCAGCGCUGGUCCCCACCCCCCUCAUUCCGGUACGGGGCACCACGGCCACGUACAAUGCACGAGAGUGCGCAUCCCCUCGCCUCAACUCCGCCCGCUGCGCUCUCCAGAACUGCGAGUCAGCCGGCCGCUGAUCCCGCUAGAGGAUAUUGAGCCGCUGUACAACGAAGACUGGUCGGGCGAUGACAGCAUGGCGUUCCCCACGUCGGAGCUGGAGAGUCGGUAUCUGUAUGAUGAUGACGACUCUGGAGACGAAGGCGAGGGCGCGGUGUAUGCGGACUUUAGUGUCAUUUUUGGCGGCGGCGGGAGUGAAUCGGACGACGAAGGAAAGGAGAAGAGCGCGGGUAGCGAUGGGGGCGGCGAAGAUGAUUGUUUUGAAGACUAUAUGGAUGAUUUGGAUGGGAUUCCGUGGGGUGAGCCGGCUUGA